AAAGUUGGGUCUGAUUUGCUGGAAUCGCGCAGGACCGAAGGUGCACCGGUCGAUUUCGUAUCAAGUUUGUUCAAAGCUGGGGGUGAACAUCACACACUCCUCUGAAGCUUCACGCUUUUAUGAGAUACCACCGCAAAGAGACGCGCAAACAGCCUCAUGUAGUUAGAGGAGGACGCAGCGGAGAAGGAAAAAAAAGAGCCCGUUCGCACCGGCUUUACGAGUACAAUCUGCUUGUCAACAACAAAAAUAACCUGCGUAAAAUCGUAAUUUUCCCGUCUGCGGUGACGACAAUCUUUGGCGAAAAAGAAAUCUAUGGAUGUUCUUGGAUAACUUCUUUUUUUGGCUGUUUUUACGCGGAGAGUCUUUGCAUGGUGCACAUCGGUCCAGGAAUGGCGCGAUAAAGUGAUCAGAGGAAUCAGUCCAAGUACAUUCGCCUUCUGCGUUGCCGUCUCGUCAUGUAUUCCCCGAUUUGUCUAACUCAGGAUGAAUUUCAUCCCUUCAUCGAGGCACUUCUCCCUCAUGUCCGUGCCAUCGCCUACACGUGGUUCAACCUCCAGGCCAGAAAACGCAAGUACUUCAAAAAGCACGAGAAGCGAAUGUCCAAGGACGAGGAGCGCGCGGUGAAGGAUGAGCUUCUGAGCGAGAAGCCCGAGGUGAAGCAGAAAUGGGCGUCCAGGCUGCUGGCCAAGCUGCGUAAGGACAUUCGGCAGGAGUACCGGGAGGACUUUGUCCUCAGCGUGACGGGCAAGAAGCCCCCGUGCUGCGUGCUAUCCAACCCGGACCAGAAGGGCAAGAUCCGCCGAAUCGACUGUCUGCGGCAGGCCGACAAAGUUUGGCGUCUGGACCUGGUGAUGGUCAUCCUCUUCAAAGGCAUCCCUCUGGAAAGUACAGACGGCGAGCGCCUCGUCAAGUCUCCACAUUGCACCAACCCAGCACUUUGUGUCCAGCCACACCACAUAACAGUAUCGGUCAAGGAGCUGGACUUGUUUCUAGCAUACUAUGUGCAGGACCAAGACUCGCAGCAGUCAGGAAGUCCAAGUAACAAUGAGCCAGGCAAGAACCCUCUUCCAGUAUAUUUGGAAGACAGUUUCAUCAAAUCAGGAGUCUUCAGUGUUGCAGAACUGGUGCGAGUGUCCAGAAUGCCCAUCACCCACGGUGCAGCGGUAAAUUUCUCCAUGGCUGACAUGCCCAGCCAACCCUACUACCAUGACCUGAACUCCAGCGUGGGACUGCAUCGCUCCCUGUCCUCCCCUCCCGGCAGCAAAAGGCCCAAAACCGUCAACAUGGAGGAGAACAUGGACACCAGCCCGACAGGACCUGACUUCUACUCGUCACCCAGCUCACCAGCCAGCAGUCGGGCAAACUGGCACGAUAGAGACGGAGCAGACAUGUCCUCUCCCACCAUGAAGAAGCCAGAGAAGCCGCUGUUUAGCCCCACCUCCCCGCAGGACUCAUCACCACGACUCAGCACUUUCCCUCAGCCUCAUCACCCAGGCCUAACAGGUGUAGGACACAGUGUUAUAUCGACGAGGAGCCCACCUCCGCACUCGCCCCUGCAGUUCUCGGCCUCGGCCAUCCUGCCCCCGGCGCCGUCGCCUUACUUCUCGCACACCACCAUCCGCUACCCGCCCCACCUCAACCCUGCUGAUCCCCUCAAGAGCUACGUGCCGUCAUAUGACCCGUCCAGCCCGCAGAGCAGCCAGCCUAACAGCAGUGGUCAGGUGGUUGGGAAGGUCCCAGGCCACUUCACCCCGGUCCUGGCUCCCUCCCCACAUCACGGCGCUGUGAGACCCGUCUCGCUCUCCAUGCCCGACACCAAGCCCAUCACCACGUCAACAGAAGUGAUGGCAUGUUACCCAGGCUACUCAGCCCCUGGCACCCCAACGGCUAAUCGUUUUGUAGGCCUGAGCCCUCGAGAUCCUGCCUUCCUCCACCAGCAACAGCUGAGGAAGUGUGACUGGAGCGUGACUCAAAACGGCAGGCAUUAUGGCCCCAGUGCCACUGACGACACUUUGGGGAUUACUUGGCAAAGUCCUGGUACCUGGGCGAGCUUAGUUCCAUUCCAAGUGUCGAACGGGACUCCGAUUCUGCCAACAAAUGUCCACCAGAACUACAGCAUAAACAUCAUUGGUGAGCCCCUGGUCCCCGCUGAGACAGGGAACUGAACACACCGAGGAUGGCCGGAUGACCCCCGGGGUGGAUGGGCGGGUGGGGGUGUUGAUGGCGCAGAGCUAGCACUACAGGUGUCCGCAGCCAUGGAUGAAACCAGCAAAAGCAGCAGGUGCUGCAUAAACCCCCCCUGCAAACUCCCCCAACCCCCAUCUCACCCUCUUCCACGUCCCCCCACCCCCAAACCUCCAGCUCCCGUCCCUCCCGAUGACGGAAACCGGCCCUGAAGUGAAGACGAGGGUUGGUUCAGAGGAAAGAGGAAAAAAAAAGAAGAAGAAGAAGAAGCUUCAGGUCUGCUGUCUCCUCGCCCGGCCCACACACCCACCACCCACCAGUCAGUUGUUGUGUUUGCAGAACUUUUCAAUCCAUUCAAAUACUGUGAUGUAUAGAUGCCUUAAUGUUUUAUUGCAUGACACUCUAGUCUCUUAGCGGCAAUUCCUACUAUUUUUCCAUGUUGGAGGAAGAUGUAAAACCUAGAUUUACACACACACAGACACAAGUGAGGGGGUCUGCAUAUUGACACCUGCCUGGUGGAUGGCUCAGAGACUCUAAGCUCUCCAACACAGACCUCUUGAAAAGAGGCUUUCCCGCAUCAAACGAUUCACUGUGUACACCAUAGGAACAAAAACAUGUGAAUUCAGAGUGUUUUCUUCUUCCGUUUGAUUUCAGUUUACUGUGAUACGACUCUUUGUUCAGAAAAUGUGUUGACUUUGUUUUAUUCUUUACUGCUACUUACUUUAAGAAUUAAUGUAAACACUUAUGGUAAGAGUUGAGAACUCUUGAUGCAGUUUUCAAAAAACACUAAAUGCUAGGCUUGAGAUUGGACCCCUCAUAAAAUAAUUUGCAACUCCUUUACAAAAGGACAUUUUUAAAAAAAAAAAAAAAAGACGGAGAAUAAGAAAGUCGCGACAGAGGCAAGUGCAAUUGAAUUGUUGAAGGGAAGCUAUCAGUCUGUCAGCCCUAAGACUCUAAAGGAAGGGGGAUAAAUAUUAAAUGUUUUAUGGGUAAAAAUGUUUAAGAAAACGUUUGAAUUUGAUUUCAGUCACAUAUCCGUCUCCUCGCAUGAGAAAAACAUCGAGCGUGAAAGGCAGUUGAAGGCAAGCAUUAAGCUACUUGUGCAGCGCUGAGCAAAACCAGCACUUAUUUUGAGCCCUUCCCAUCAUCGUGGGGAGAAAUUUUUUUUAAUUUAUUUUGGGGGGAAAUUUUUUUUUUUAAAUAACCGAACAUAAGUAAAGAAAUGAGACGCACAUAGUGUGUUAACGAGGCGUUUUGUUUUGUUUUUCUAAAUGCUCACGAUAAGAUCAAGAGCAUAUGCAUUUGGCCAUCAGCUUCUAAAGCUUAUGUUUACAAAAAAAAAAAAGAAAUUAUGGAAGUGUUAAUUCAAGGAAAAUUAUUAUUCAUGCAAAUGUAGCAUACGCUUAUGGCUAAAGCUACACUUUGUGCAAGGUUAACUCUAAAAUGGAAGAGGUUGUAAAACUGAAAUUGUGAAAUCCAGGUGGUGGCAAAUCCCUGAAAUCUAGAAUUGUGCACGGCAUGUUCACAGCCAUUGCCUCUCCAGUCCAGACGUAUUUAUACAAGGAAAAUCUCUCCAAUACUCUUAAUUUGCACGAUGACAUAUAGUCCACAUUACGUGCCUUGCCUUUGAAUAUAGAGACAUCACUACACUUGUUUUUGCUGCAUUUAUCAUUAUAGAAAAAAAAUUAACAUUUUUAUGAUAAGAAUUGUUUUGUACUCUGAAUGAAAUUGUUGAUUUUUAACUUCAUGUACUACUCUAUCUCACAGUUACAUUGCAUAUCAAGGCUGUGUAUAGUUGCCGUUUUAAAGUUUGUAAUCAACCAGCAUUUUUUUUUUCAGUAUUUUUGGUGGUUUUUCUAAUAACCUGUCAUCUUUUGUUUUCUUUCUCUUUUUUUUUUCAAUGCUCAUUUUGUUCAUCUUCCAGCUACUAUUGUGGAGGGUGGAAUUCAGAAUUAUGAAAAUUAUGCAAUACCAAGUUUUGCCUAUGUAGGUAGUGCUUAUAGAUGCGUCAAUUAUUAGAGGCUAGUUUGGAGAUAGACAAUAUUGUAAUGCAUUUAUUUUGUUGAUAUCGUUGUUUGUCGUUGUUGUUGUUGAUGAUGUUGUUGUUGUUGUGGGUGUUUUCCUUUUUUAUUGACCAAAGUGGGGACUGCUUUCUAUGCAGUGUAAGACAAGGUCUUUUUGUUUUUCUUUUCUUUUUUUUUUGGUUUUAUCCUCUAUAGCGUAUAGGCCUACCGAAUGACAGUCAGACAUGUUCCAGUGUAUUAGAAUUCGCGAGUUUUAGGGGGAGGGGGGGAUUUUUUUCUAGAUUUAAAACAAACAAAAAAAAUGCACCCUUGGUCUUUCUACGGCUGCAAAGUCACUGAUUGGUCUACUGUGACUCUUACUUUCAACUUUCCACCUGGGGUGCUAGCAUCUUGAAGGAGCUCAUUUUUCACAGGAGAGACGGCUUGACUUGAGCGCGACAAUCAUUUUAAGGAAUCAUGUUUUUUCUGGCCUAGAAUCCCAUUAGAUCCCUCCGAUCUUACGCCGUAAUAUUCUGGAUGUCGCCGAAUGCAAUUCCCAAGUAGAUGCCUUAAACACAUCAGUGAAGUGGCCUGUGACCUGCGCAACAAUCACACACCGACUAAUGCUAGUGAGACCUGUCCAAAUCAGCUCCAGACAGGCUCGGGCAAGCCUUUAGAAAGUAUUUUAUAAGUAGUAGAUUUGUAUAAAUGUAUAUAUGAUAUGCACAUACUGUAUGUCAAUCCCCGAGACACUUCCCCAGCGGAGCCCCGUAGAGUACGUUAAAUAUUGGACUGCAGAAGAAUGUGUUUUCUAACUUUGUGUCCAAUGGCCCAGUAGAAGCUUAAAUAGAACCCACUAGAAUUAAAAUAGAGCACUUAAAACAGCACAUAGGCAAUCAUCUUCUCUCCCGUACAGUGUUCAGAACGAAAUCUCUCAGGCGUAUUACAGGGCAUUAUUUAUAUCAAUCACCUAUCAGAUCUUACCACUUUUAAUGUAAAAAUAAACAGAGAAAGUAAUAACGGCGCCACCGAUGCUGCUGUGACACCUUUUGCACUCUUUCCCUCACAAUCGUGAAAGAAAAGCUUCCGUCGGAGAGGUGGUACUACCGAGGGUUCUCCAGCAAAAGCGGAGGGGCUUCGGAGCAGAAAUCAUUGUUAGGAAAAAAAAAAAGAAGAAGAAAAAAUCCUCAAGUCAAGCUCAAUCUCUCCAUUUUCACCCAGAAUUCUUAUGCAGAAAAAAAUACCUGAAAAAGUCACCCCGUUCUAUGUGCACUGUUCUGUCUAUUUUUUUUUUUUUUUUUUUUAGUUUUUUCUUUCACAAGGAGAAAAAAACUAUAAGUGCUUUGCAGCCUUUGGCCAUUGGAGACCCCACUGAAGUGCAUUGUCCCCAAGUGUGUUUGUGUGUGGAUGUGUGCGAGAUAAAAAUGUGUCAGGGUCACUGUGCUGUUGGUGUUUAUUUGAAUAGGAGACUGUACAUAAAGGUAAAUAUCCUGAUUGCGUCGAUAGCAGUAGUCUGUGGGGUUGAACUCUGCUUUGGCAGCUUGAGUGUGCAUGCGCGUGUGUUGUACGUGGGUGAAUUUGUGCGCUGGAUGUGUGAUAGAGUGCCUCUGACACUACACAACGAGAGAACAUGAGGGUCUUUCUAUUGAGAAAAAUGAAAAAAAAAAAGAUGCCUGCCGUAGGACAGGAGUUUGUACACUGUAAACUUUCUGGGGAGUUCUUCUUUGAAGCCCGUAUUUGUAAAUCUUCAUUUCUGGGGAAAAAUGAGUCAAUUCCAUUUUAGGAAAAAAGAAAAUUUAAUUUGGAUUUUUUUCUGUUUAUUUGUUUCAGAGGCUGGAUUUGAGUUAGAACUCUCCAGAUUUCCCUGAUUAGUAGAAUCGAAAGUGUUUUCAGCAGGUGUUGUAUUCCUGUUCGUAAAGUUAAAACAAAGGGGAGGGGGGUAUUCUAUACAGAUCCAUAAAUAUUAAAACAACAACAAUGAAGGCUUUUUUUUAUUAUUGAUAAUAUUAUUUCUGAACUUGGUUAGUGCUUAGAUAUUUCCAUUUGGGAAACACUUCAUGAAUAUUUGAAUUGUUGUUCUUUCAUUAGUGUGGCCAUAGCGAGUGUGUUGUGAUUUCUCUCUUUUUUUGUUUUUUAUUUUGGAAAUGGGUGUGAAUUCUUGUCCAACAAGAUGGUGGUGUGAGUGUGUUUUCUCGUAGCAGCUGGGAAGUGGCAUCACUUAAACCAGUGGAAAAAAAGGCCCCAGAUUGCACCUGACCUUAAGUGAGAAGCAGGGUAAAAUCUGCAGUGACAAACGUCCUUUGAUUUGAUGAAUCUGUCAGAUAAUUUUUCUUUUUGUUUGUUUCUUUAAGAAAAUUAUUGCAUGAUGAUUGGUGCUACGUCUCGCUGUGUAUAUCUGAUUCGGCUGGCCAAAAAAAUCUCUUUAAAUGUCAGUAAAAGCAUCCAGGCAUCCACUCAUUUUGCACCUUCCACAUGCUGUCAAAGCCUGAUGUACUUUAGAAAUCCCUCCGUUCAUACAUUAAUUUCAGGUGCUUCAGAGAAGGCUUCUGCACCUUCUAGCUGCGGUUGUGUUAUUUUUGGGCGUGGUCUUUCUAUCGCUUCACAGGGUGUGAAUGUAGCCCGUCGGAAAGCUCAUUUUUAAAUAAAAGUUUAAUCAGUGUUCAACCCAUCAGCAGCUUCAAGAGCCCCGUUCGAGGCUGAUUUUGACGCUCGCAACCACCUUAUUUUGAAAGGUAUUAUUACAGCGAUCAUAGAGAAACAGGACAACUUUAUGCAAGGAGGACCUGUGGCACUCAUGCAAUAUGUGUGAUUGUUCCUUUUUCAAUGAAUUUCACACAUUCUGUAGAGGACUGAGAGGGCGAAUACAUGUAAGGGAAACAUUAAAUCUUCAUUUUCAUCCUACAUGAGCAAUACACAUCUUCCAUACUUUGGCUAGCUGCUAGUCACUUGGCAUCAGGUUGUUAUGAAACAUGAAAACCAGCAUUUUUACAGGAUGUAACAUUCACCAAAAGGAGACAAAAAGAUAGCAAUGCAGUGCCUGUUCACGCUGUCCAAGUGUCUGUUGUAUAUAAUUGUAAAAUGUGAUAGACUUACUUUCCUAUGUGACAAGAAAAAGAAAAAAAAAACAGCAUCACACAGAACAGAAUGUGGCAAACUCAUCUGGAAAUAUGCUCUUUAUUACUUCUCUGAUGUUCUUUGGAGCUUUUUUUUGUGAUUUAUUAAUUUUCUAAUUCUGUCAGCACACAAUGCCCACAUCGAACUUGUUAAAAAAAAUCUGAUAGGAAAUGUUCCUUCUUUUUCUUUCCUUUUUUUCCUGAGAGGGGGAGCGGGGCGGGAGGGUCAGUGCUACAUCCAGCGCAGUGAAAGGAUGAAAUAAUGUCUUUUCUCAAGAUUAGUCACCAUUUUUCUCUGCAGGGCUGAUUUCUUUUUGGGUCUUGUGGCACUUUUACUUCCCUCUGCGCACACAUUUUUACUCUAUUUUAGGAAUCAUGGUGGAAUUCUAUAUAACGAACAACAACAACAACACCAACAAAACAAUAUGUAAACAGUCUCCAGUAGUGAUCGUAGUUACACUGCAAGUGUGUGCAAAGGUCUAUGUAUGUAUCUGAAUGUACGUUUUAGAGGACUUUUGGAAACCUUUUUUUUUGUUUUUUAUCUUUUCAUUUACAGUUUAGGAGCCACAGGUGUCCAUUGUGAACUGUAUAGCGAAGGCCUUGAUAUCCCUUCUUUUAUUGAUUUUAGAAGCGCCGAGCAUUAGGCGAUGCCUUCAAGCUGGUUACAUUUGGUGCAGGGGCUAAAAUUGCCACAAGAUUAAAAUCAGUGUAAAUAAAGGCUCAACUUUUUGUGAUUGUUACUGUUAUAUCCAGCCUAUACUGCUAGCAGCUGUUUUUACUGCAGUCAAUUACUGGAAGUGGAUAUAUUUCCUAUGCAAAACUGUUUAAACAAUAAAAUGAGCUAUGCUACAAAAAUGA